AUGUCUGUUUGUAAUUGCUCAGAUUUUAUUGCGAUACCUUCCGGCGUCCCACAAGGAUCCAUACUGGGACCACUUCUGUACGCUUCAUAUUUGUACGACGUAGGUGCUUGCUUCGAACACGCUCGAUUCCUUAUGUACGCUGAUGACACCAAAAUAUUUAUGAAAAUUAAAAAUGAUAUGGAUUGUACUGGCCUACAAGCUGAUCUUAACCGUCUAGAACAAUAUUAUACUGAUAAUCGAAUUAGAAUAAAUAUAAAUAAAUGUUCUUUUAUCUCCUUUACUCGCAAGAAACAUCCAAUCAAUUUUGAAUACUAUAUUAGUAAUGUUAAAAUUGCAAAAUCGGCUUGUGUUAGGGAUCUCGGUGUUCACAUUGAUUGCAAGUUGACAUUUUCUGAUCAUACAGAAAUUAUUAAAAACAAAGCGUACAGAAGCCUGGGUUUCGUAUUGCGUGUUAGUCGUCCCUUCUCAGACAUAGGUUGCCUAAAAGUACUAUAUUACGCUUAUGUUAGGAGUAUCCUAGAAUACUGUAGCAUAGUUUGGAACCCUCAGUAUAUCAUUUAUACUCAAGAUUUGGAGAAAAUGCAAGAAAAAUUCAUAAAACACUUAAAUUAUCGGUCCCAUUGCCUCUUUAAAAACUAUGAUGAAUCCUGUCAUUAUCAUAAUCUCACGACUCUCAAAAAUAGGCGUGUACUUGCUGACAUGUCCUUUUUACACGGAAUAUGCAACGGAUAUAUAGAUAGCCCUGAACUAUCAACCAAAAUACUGAGUUUCUGCGCCCCGAAAGUUAGAACGAGUCACACAAAAUUAUUUGCUGUAACACGAUCAAAAUCAAAUUACGCAAAAAACGCAUUGGUCAGUCGAUUGCAUAGAACUUUUAAUAAGCAAUUUAAUGUUACUGACAUUUUUCAUAGUAGUAGACAUGUGUUUAAGAGGGAAGUUCUUGAAAUACUUGAAGGAAAUGGUUAA